AUGUUCUUGGCAGAACAAUCGGAAGGCAUCAGCAAUUUCUCAAGAGAAUUCGGAAUUAACGACCGAGAAUACAGAUUCACCAUGGGGAAAUGUACAAAGUCACAACCUACAGAAAGUCCUAUGCAGGAAUUUAAUAGCAGUACAAAAAUAGCUACUGUCAUGAUCGGAGAAUACAAUGAGAAGGACGAACUAUACAAUCCCUUUGAACACCGUGAUAAGAAAAAUACCAAUUCAGACUUCGGUGCUCUAGCUCACCUAUUAAAAUCGUCUCUUGGCACCGGAAUCCUUGCUAUGCCAAAUGCGGUUAAGAAUGGCGGAGCGUUAUUCGGUGGAAUCGGUACUAUAAUAAUCGGUAUAAUAUGCGCGCAUUGUGUUCACAUACUGGUUCGUUCGUCCCACGUGCUAUGCAAGAAAACGAAAACACCACAGAUGACAUUCGCCGAGACAGCGGAGGCUGCGUUUUUCAAUGGACCAAAAACAUUAAGGCCAUUCGCGAAUGCAAGUAGAAUAUUAGUAAAUAUUGCAUUGUGUGCGACUUACUUGGGCGGUACGUGCGUCUAUGUGGUAUUCAUAUCGACCUCGAUCAAACAGGUUGUGGACUACCACACCGGCAUAGACAUAUCUCUUCGCAUGUACAUACUCACGUUGAUUCCUGCGGUGUUGCUGCUGGGACAAAUUCGAAAUUUGAAGUAUCUGGUACCAUUCUCCAUUAUGGCCAACUUUUCCAUGUUGGUCGGUUUUGCGAUAACUCUGUAUUACAUCUUCAGUGGAACUGAAUCACCACAGAACAUAAAGUUGAUAGCGCCGGUCGAACACUUGCCUAUAUUUUUCGCUACUGUGUUAUUCGCCAUCGAGGGCAUCGGCGUUGUGAUGCCUGUUGAAAACAGCAUGCGGAAUCCGCAACAUUUUCUUGGUUGCCCGGGUGUCCUGAAUAUAACGAUGACUAUAGUGGUAGCUUUAUACGCUACACUGGGUGUAUUCGGUUAUUUGAAAUACGGGGAAGCAGUUGACGCAACUAUCACGCUGAACAUACCAAUAACAGAAAUCCCAGGACAGAUGGUGAAACUACUUAUCGCUCUAGCGGUUUUGUUUACCUACGGAUUGCAAUUUACCGUGCCAAUCGAUAUAAUAUGGAAAUUAAUGAAAGAGAAAUUCAGUCAUAAAUAUGAAAGAAUAUCUGAAACAGCGAUAAGAAUGUUCAUAGCUUUGUUUACAAUUGCUGUGGCAUGUCUGGUUCCAAAACUCGAACCUUUUAUUUCCCUAGUCGGUUCAGUAUUUUUCUCCAUCCUUGGCAUCGCAAUCCCAGCAACCGUGGAAACAGUUUCGUGCUGGGAUGGCCACUUGGGUAAGUAUAACUGGAGACUUUGGAAGAACAGUGUACUUUUAAUAUUUUCUCUCUUAGCGUUAGUAUCCGGUUCAUGGAUCUCCGUCAUAGAUAUAAUCAAAUUGUAUCAAUAACGUAAUGACCUAAAUCUAUUUAUAAUUGCAUAUGCAAAAAGGACUUAAUGUAAAAUUAACACGUUCAUAAGUAUCAGAAUACUGCUCGUUCCGUACGAAAAUUAAUAUUUGAUGUAGAUUAUCGAAAAAACGAUUACUUCAUCUUUUUCAAAUUCAAAGGACCGAAUUUUGUAUUCACACAAGAUAAUGAUCCAAGACACAUAAUGGGGCUGACAAAAACUAACUAAAAGCUCAUUGAAAAAAUUUGAAAUGAAAUUAUUAUAAGUAGGAAAUUCUGGCCAAAAUCUGAUUUUAAGAACUAUUUUAAGAACUAAUUUUAAGAAUAUAUAGUAUUCAUAGAAUCAGAUAACAAUAAAUGUAACAGGAAAAAUGAUGACACGAAAGAAAUUUUUGAGAUAAUUGUCGAGGAUAUUAUUUUAAUGUUUCAUAUACGAGUUCCUUACGAUGUAAGAUUUUUAAUGAGAUAGUAAUUCUUAAUGGUUCUAAUAAUUUCUUUAUAACUAUUUAAGUUCUAGUUUUUCGUUAAUGUUCUAAUACUUAUGAACUGUGAUAUAGUCUUACGAUAUACAAUAUAUGUGAUACCUACUUAUCAGACGUAGAAUACAAAUUAAAGAUCGCGAAAUUUGUAAAAGAAACUUUUAUAAUAAUUUAUGUAAAAAACGUGUACGUAUAAGUGUAUACGAUAUAAAAAUCGAUUUUGUACAAAAAUUAUUUGUUAGCAUAGAUUAUUAAUGAUAGAAAUUCGAUAAGAAGUGAAUGUAUGAAAUUAUUAAGAUUAGAUCUUUUUUAAGACGCUGUCGAAUAUCUGUACAGUAAUCGUGACAUAUUAGCUAUCAUUAUUUAUCAUUAACGUAAUUCACAUUCCCAUGGAGUAUUUAUUUUUAAGAGUAUUCGUGUACAUUGUGUAUUUAUCUCUGCGUUAUACUUAAGCAUUUUUGUAAUUUACGGAUUUCUUGUAAUUUAAAGAAUAUUGUAAAAUCGUGAAGUAUUAUAAUUAAUUUAGUGAUCAUAAGAUUAGAUCGUAAUGGAAGAAAAAUCGAGAAAGCGUAUCUAAUUUUAAAGAGGAUAAACAGAUAGGUGUAUUAUAUUCAUUGUAAAUAUACAAGCUAGAGAUACAAUAUUUUUUAAACUAUAUAGUACGCUUUGAAAUGAGUUUAGCAAUAAAGUAGAUUAGCGUUCGUGGACUUACUGUUAAUGUAGUAGUGGUCGCAUUUUUAAGUUGUAGUAAAUUUCUAAAAAAGAAGGUAACAUACAGUUAUUUAUUUACUUGUAUAAACGAAAAAGUAAUUUUCUUGCCUAUGUGUAUAAAUUUUAAUAAACAAUCUAAUAUUUCUAAUUUAAGCGAACGGAUGCGACUGUUACUACAUUAAAUUUGUAAGAGUAAAUAGUAUGCAACAUCGUAAAUUGUAAAUUUAUCACUGUAUAAAACAUUAAAUCUAUAUGCAUUUUUUAGAAAUAAUCAAUUAUUUUUAAACACUCUAGUGCGCUGUAACUUUCUUCGUUAGCAUCGUGUUUACUGUUCAAAAAUAUCCGAACACUUGUUUAAUAUUUUAAUCAUAAAAUUCCGGAUAAAUCAAACUGUAAUGAUUUUAUUCUGUAUAAUAGACAUGGCUGUGUAUAAUAGAAUAUGAUGAUGCGAUUAAAUUUGCUUGUAAAUGGUAACACGCAAUAACAAAACUGACAUUUGUAAAUGUCAAACCUUUCAGAAUUAUUUUAUUAUUUGAGAAGCUUUUUAUUUUCAAAUCAAUUUUUGACUUGUAAGUCGGAUUAACAUGAUUUUUCUAACUUGAUAAAAAGCCUUUGGAUGUCAAUACAAAUAAUGUUUACAUACAUGUAAUACGUAUACAUGUUUAAUAACCAAAUGAAUGUAGUAUUGCUACGUUUGUUAAUGGUUAAGCUGUAAAAAGAAACUAAACUAAACUAAACUAAAUUUUCACAAUACUUAUGAACUGUAGUGUGCAUUUAUUGAAAUGCCUCAAAUGCUUGUGCACGUGAGGGUCUCUGUGCGAUAUUAUCGGAUCGUGAAUUUGAUGAUAUUAGUAACGACUCUGCAAAUGUUGGUUGUGUUUUGCGUUUUGUACAAUUACAAUACAUUACAGCGACGAAAGUCAAAUGAAUUCCAAUCAUCAAAGGAAUUGUGUUUAUAUAUCGAAAAAUUUUUAUUAGACGAAGAGUUUGAUAUGUGAAUCCUAUAAUCUCUAACGUUGGCGUGUUUCCCUGUAAAAUAUUUAUUAGACAAUUAGUUCGUCUAUCGAUAUCUGAGAAAAAUUGUAAUUAUAUUUUGUACAUUUUGAUGUGAUCUGGACUAUGAUGUAAUGAAAGAUUGUAUUCAUAAAUUAACAUCUGUUUGUAAAAAUGUAUAAUGUUAUUCAAUUUCUUUGUCAGAAUUUUCCAAUGACGACGAAAUAUCAGACUUUCUUAAGAAUGAAAAGUGAAUAAAAUAUAUUGAAUCAAA